AUGUCAACUACAAACCCCUCCGCCUCUCCAUCCCACUCCCCCGCACCUCAACAACAAGACGACCAACCCCAGCAACAGCAACACCACCAACAGGAACAAGAGCAGCAACAGCAACAGCAACAGCAACAGCAACAGCAACAGCAACAGCAACAGCAACAGCAACAGCGCCUAAAAGUCCACACCCACCACUGCCGCUUCUGCAACCACCUCCUCCUAGCCACAACGCGCACGAUCGCGACCCUCCCGCACCGAAAAGCCCCAGCGCAGGAUAACGCGCUGAUUCUCCCUCUUCCGCACGCUGACGACGACGAAGACGAGGAGGAGGAGGAGCCAGACGCACACGCAGACACAAGCACCUCCCCCGAACCCGGGAGCGAAACCAACCAAACCAUAAAAACCGAAGGCGAAGGCGAAGGCGAAGGCGAAGGCGAAGGCGAAGGCGAAGGCGAAAGCGAAGGACAAGGGGAGAGAAAACGGCGCAAACAGAAGCACUACACCAUCCUGUUAUCCACAACUCUCCCUGAUCGCAAGGCGACGCUGAUCCGUCGGGAAGACGGGUUCGAGAAGAGGCGGUUCCUGCGGUGUGGGCGGUGUCGGGUUGUGGUGGGGUAUUUCCUUGAUGCGGUGCAUUUUCCGGUUGCCCGUGGGAGGGGUGAGGAUGUAGGUGAAGGGGAAGGGGCGGAUCAGGAGCCGCGGGUUGUAUAUUUACUUCCUGGGGCGUUGAUAGAGACGGAGAUUAUGGGUGAUGAGGAGAAGAUGCAGGCGAUGGAUCGGGAGUGGAGUGGGUGGAUUGCCCAAUAG